AUGAAUGGGAUAGCCCAGCGCCUUUCGGAACUUUAUGUGCUGUGGAAGAGAGCAGAAGGAAGAAGGAAGCAGCUCAUGGAAGUCCAUAAGAGUGCAACAGAGAUGGAAGAGGCAGGAAUCAACUUCGAAAAGAAGGUUUGGAAACAUAAGAAAGGGGUGGAGGUAAUGGCUAGUGAUGACGACAUUCGCAUUAUAAUAGACAGAGAAAAGCCGCCAUCAGCAGAGCAUUUUUCUUCGGAUUUGCUUCAUCAAGCUUCAGACCAGGUGAUCUCAGGUGACUUAGGUAACAAUUGUACUAGUCAAUCUAAAAAGAAAAGUUUAGCAGAAGAUCCCCUCCAAAUUUGUGAAGUUUCCUUCGAUGAACGCAAGUGGAGUAUUUAUAAAGUGCCUUAUCCACUACGUGAAAUAAAUGAAAAAGCCUAUGAACCAAAUGUAAUUUCAAUUGGUCCCUAUCACCAUGAUAAGGAAGGCUUGAAGUCAAUGGAAGUUAUCAAAAGGCAUUGCUUCAGUAGGAUGAUUAAGCAGCGCGAGGAUGAAGCCAAAAAGUUUGUAUCAGCCAUGAAAGACAUGGAAAAUGAAGUUCGCAAAAUCUAUGAACAACCUUUUGAAUGCAUUGACUCUGACACAUUUGUAGAAAUGAUGCUUCCUUUCUUUGUGCUUUUAAAGCUGUAUGACAUGAUCAAGAUGUCAAAUGUUGAAUUUCCUACAUGGGUUUUUUCUCUCUAUUCAAAAGGACUGUUACCAGGACCAGAUAUAUGUCUUCCUGAAAGGUUUCCGAAACCCGAAAGUAUCAAGCAUCUACUAGGCUUCGUACAUAGUUGUUGGAUUCCUUCAGAAGCAGAAGUAGGACCAGAAGUAAAAGCAAAAGAACCGAUAGCCCAGCGCUUACAGAACUUUAUGUGCUGUGGAAGAGAGCAGAAGGAAGAAGGAAGCAGCUCAUGGAAGUCCAAAAGAUGUGCAACAGAGCUGGAAGAGGCAGGAAUCAACUUCGAAAAGAAGGUUUGGAAACAUAAGAAAGGGGUGGAGGUGAGCUUGUUCAAAGUAGACUUCACCGAUGAUGGGACACUGAAGAUUCCAAUCUUAAGAGUUGAAGAUAACACAGAGCGUAUCUUGCUUAAUUUCUUGGCCUACGAACAAUUCCUCCCAAGUUCAAAAUCAACUUACAUUGGUGAUUAUGUGAAGCUUAUGGGUAAUCUUAUCAACUCAGGCAAGGAUGUGCAAUUACUCCAUAGGCGUGGAAUUGUUGUUAAUUUGUUAGGCGAUAAUGAAGUAGUUGCCCAAAUGUUUAACAAACUCGGCGACUUUACUUACGCAUCCGGUGACUUUAAUAGCUUCUAUUAUGCCAAAAUAUUUGAGCAGGUGGACAAGCACUGCCAGAAAAGGAGUACCAAAAGGAAGGCAAAGUUGAAGAAAUGGAAGGCAAAAUUGAUGAAAGGUUAUUUUGACUCUCCCUGGUCGAUCAUUUCAGUUGUCGCUGCUGUUUUCCUGCUCCUACUUACCACGGCACAAACUAUAUUUUCAGUUUUAUCUUAUUUCCAUCCGCAGUAAGUGCAGUGCAUCUUUUGCAUUAUCUAUUGGAGGCAGGCUAGCUGGAAGUGAAGCCAAGUCUAUUAAGUAGCAUUACUAUAAACUAAAAGCUUAUGCUAUUUCCUAUAAUUAAUG